AAAAUCAACACUCAGACAACUCCAUCUCUUCUCAGCCCAGACAUACUCUCUCUUCUCUCUUUCUCUCUCACUCUCUUUCCCAUUUCGAUUCCUUUCUCCCCUUUACAAACUUUCCAUCGCCUCGUCUACGCGUUCUCUUCCAAAGCCAGACCUUCGAAAUUCCACAGGCUCAUUCUAUUUCUCUCCAUUUCUUCGUAUCUCAGUUUUCUAGGGUUUCGUUUUACUCUUCUGAGCUCUACUGAAGCAAAACGAAAUCGACGGAUUUGACUAUUUGAGAGCUAUUGCAGUCGAUUUGUACGGUUUAGUCAUGGUUCUGCACUUCUGCUAGGGUUCGGGGCUCCGGAGAUGUUGCUUUCUUUUUACUCUAUUAUUUGGCCCAGUUUGGUUCUUCAAUUGCGACAAAUUUGAAGCCUUGCAUGUUGUCCUUAGUCAUCGGCGGCAGUUUAAGAUGAUUUGCUCUCUUCUGAGGGUUUCAUUGGAGUUGGGGUAUCUAAGGAACUUAGGUUCUUAGUUUGAUAUUUGCAAUGGUCUUUGGGUCGGAGGGAGGGAUCUGUAAACUUGGAACUUGGAAGAUGAUCUAAAAGCCAGGCGCCUUUCAAUUUUGAGAAAGUAUUGGCUAGGCUGCACCUCGAUGUCUUUAUUCUGAAACAACGUACUUAAAGAAGCAUGUUGUUACAAGCCACACUUUCUUUUUGAAUGACACUUCUUGAACUGCUCAGUUGUGCUCUGGAGUUGAUAGCUGCAGCCAACUAAAUGUGCCAUUUUAUUUAGGAGGUUAUUGUUGGGAAAACCUUCUUAUCAUCUGAAGCAUAGGUAUUAGUCCUAAAUUUGGUUACUGACUUGGUGUAUGCAUGUAAUUGGUGGAUCUUUUUAAUCCAGCUUACCCAAACUUUGUAACUUGGGAGUAUUGAAGUUGGAAGGACUUAUCCAUCAUUUAUACAAUUUCUUUAUAUUAAAACAUGCCUUCAUGGUGGGGGAAGUCAUCAUCCAAGGAAGUAAAGAAGAAAACAAACAAGGAGAGUAUAUUUGAUACAUUACACCGUAAGUUUAAGAUUCCUUCUGAAGAAAAAGGCAGCAAUAGAUCAUGUGGGUCUCGAAGACGUAAUAGUGACACGAUUUCUGAAAAAGGUUCUCGAUCCCGAGCAGAGUCAAGAUCACCAUCGCCCUCCACAGAAGUAUCAAGGUGUCAAAGUUUUGCAGAAAGGCCUCAUGCUCAGCCCCUUCCCCUUCCUGGGAUUCAUCCUGCAUGCAUUGGACGCACUGAUUCUGGAAUCAGUGUAACAAAACCAGGAUUAGAAAAAUGUGUGAAGCCUUCAUUAUAUACUCUACCCAAACCUGGUUGCAUUCAGCACAGGUCAGAUGUGACAGAUGUAGAUGGAGAUUUGGCAACUGCAUCAAUUUCUAGUGAUUGCUCAAUUGAUAGUGAUGACCCGGCUGAUUCACGUCAUCUUAGCCCCCAGACAACUGACAAUGAAAAUGGGACAAGAACUGCAGUGAACAGUCCUUCCAGUGUGAUGCACAAGGAUCAUUCCCAUAUCCUCACCCGAAAGAGCUUGAAAGAGGUGCCAAAGCCAGCUAAUCCUUUGUUCAAUAAUCAAGUACUCUCUACAUCACCUAAACGGGGACCCUUGAGUUCUUAUGCACCAAGUUUACAGAUUCCACAUUAUGGUGCUUUUGGGAGUGCUCCAGACAGCUCGAUGUCAAGCCCUUCUAGAAGUCCUAUGCGAAUAGUUGGUACUGAUCAGAUAGCAAGCUCUGCUUUCUGGGGGGGAAAGCCUUUUGCUGAUGUUGCAUUAGGUGGUUCUGGCCACUGCUCUAGUCCAGGUUCAGGUCAUAAUUCUGGACAUAAUUCAAUGGGAGGGGAUAUGUCUGGACAGUUAUUUUGGCAGCACAGCAGGGGAAGCCCUGAGUGUUCUCCAAUUCCUAGCCCCAGAAUGACUAGUCCUGGUCCUAGCUCACGAAUACACAGCGGUGCUGUCACUCCUCUGCAUCCACGUGCUGGAGGUGUAACGGCAGAAUCACCAACAAGCUGGCAGGAUGAUGGGAAACAACAAAGUCACCGGUUGCCUCUUCCUCCUAUAGCAAUUUCUAAUUCUCCUCCUUUUCCUGCUGCAAAUGCAGCAGCAGCAGUAUCACCUUCUGUCCCACGAAGUCCAGGAAGGGCAGAAAAUCCAAUAAGCCCUGGUUCACGGUGGAAGAAGGGAAGGCUGCUAGGCAGGGGGACAUUUGGCCAUGUUUAUGUUGGUUUUAACAGUGAGAGUGGUGAAAUGUGUGCAAUGAAAGAGGUUAUACUAUUUUCAGAUGAUGCCAAGUCAAGGGAAAGUGCAAAGCAGUUGUGUCAAGAAAUUUCUCUUCUUAGUCGCUUGCGGCAUCCAAACAUAGUACAGUAUUAUGGGUCAGAGACGGUAGAUGAUAAACUGUAUAUAUACUUGGAGUUUGUAUCUGGUGGCUCUAUUUAUAAACUUCUUCAGGACUAUGGGCAGCUUGGUGAAGUAGCAAUUCGUAGUUAUACUCAGCAGAUCCUUUCAGGCCUUGCAUAUUUGCAUGCUAAGAACACUGUUCAUAGGGAUAUUAAAGGGGCAAAUAUACUUGUAGAUCCCAAUGGACGGCGAGUAAAGUUGGCAGAUUUUGGGAUGGCAAAACAUAUUACUGGGCAAUCUUGUCCUUUGUCAUUUAAGGGAAGCCCUUACUGGAUGGCACCUGAGGUUAUUAAGAAUUCAAAUGGUUGCAAUCUUGCUGUUGAUAUAUGGAGUCUUGGAUGUACUGUUUUGGAGAUGGCUACAACAAAACCACCUUGGAGCCAGUAUGAAGGGGUUGCUGCUAUGUUUAAGAUUGGGAAUAGUAAGGAACUUCCAGCAAUCCCUGAACAUCUCUCAGAAGAAGGAAAAGAUUUUGUGAGGAAGUGUUUGCAACGCAAUCCACUACUUCGUCCUACGGCUGCUCAGCUUUUGGAGCAUCCUUUUGUGAAAAACGUGGCACCACUGGAAAAGCCGAUAGUGGAGUCUCCAGAAGCACAUCUAGGAGUUGUAAAUGCAGUGAAAUCUCUGGGAAUUGGGCAUACAAGAAACCUUUCCUCCUUGGAUUCAGAAGGUUUAGGCCAUCAAUCCAGAGGUUUGAAAAAUGGCUCAACAUCCAGUGAUAGCCAUAUAACAAGGAACAUAUCAUGUCCAGUCUCCCCAAUUGGAAGUCCUCUUCUGCAUUCAAGAUCACCUCAACAUGUGAAUGGAAGGAUGUCCCCAUCUCCAAUAUCCAGCCCUCGUACGAUGUCUGGCUCAUCCACACCUCUCACUGGUGGAAAUGGUGCCGUCCCAUUUCAUCAUCCGAAGCAGUCAUCUUACUUGCAUGAAGGCUUUGGAAAUAUGCCUAGGUCCCCUAACAAUCCAUAUGUUAAUGGCGCCACUGCCUACCAUGACCCUAGACCAGAUCUAUUUCGAGGGAUGCAGCCAGGUCCUCAUAUCUUCCCUGAUUUGAUAUCAUCUGAAAAUGAUGCUCUUGGAAAACAGUUUGGAAGGCCUGUCCAUGGGGACUCUAGGGAACUUUAUGAUGGACAGUCAGUAUUGGCUGAUCGGGUGUCUCAGCAGCUCUUGAGAGAUCAUGUGAAGUCGAAUCCAUCUCUGGAUCUUAGUCCUGGCUCUCAAAUGUUGGGUCGCACAAGUGGUAUCUGACUUCAGGCAUAAUCAUUGACAGAAGCUCUUGAUGAUAUCAGGUUAUUAUUUUUUCUUGUUUUGGAAAAGUUGGUUUAUCAAAAUAUUAUUGGUUAAGGAAAUCCAUUUGUACAAUAAGGACCCAGAGUGGAAAACCUCAAAAUAAAAGUCGGAUCUUUGGAAGCUGGUGGCUGAGGGGAGAAGUUCCUCAUUACUGCGUCUGGUGCUGAAUUCUUUUAAAUGAUGCGAAAUGGCUUCCAGUGAUCGGAAACUCAGCAGUUCCUUACAGUGAAAAUAUUCCUUGUAGUGGAAAGAACUGUAUAUUGUUAGUUCAUCACACAGAAGAAAGAAAAAAGAGUAAGUUGGAAUAGCUAUUUGAAGUUGGGAUUCCAUUUUUCUUUAUUUCUUCUAUAUAUAUAUAUAUAUAUAUAUCUAUAUAUAUUUUUUCUGUUUCCCCUUCUUUUUUUUGUCAUUCCAUUAGGAGCUAGUGUACAGAAGAUCAGGAACUGGAUUGGAGUCCAGUUUUUGUCAACUAGGCCAUUUGGAGCUCGUCGAGCCUGUGCUGUUCGAAUUAGAAUUUUCUUCCUAAUUUGUUGUAUGUACAUCAUUACUGCAGUAAAUUCAAAGAGGAAAUUAACUCCACUUCACCA